CAGAUACGGGCAUAGAGAGUGAUGCUGUUGUUGGUAAGAAAAAUUCUGAUACAGCCGAAACAGUUAAGAAUGUCAAGCCUGAAGCUUGUGAAGCCACUGCCAGUGAAACUUGCAAAAAUGGUGAUUCCACACCCAUGGUUCAUAACGAACCUGCGACACCGCAAGCAGUUCCUGUUGAUACAAAAGCUGGGGCUGAGAAUGGCAUAAAAGUUGAGACUAAGGUCCAUGAAGAGCAUACUGCAACACUUGUAGAUAAAGGAAAUUCAAACACAAAGCUCUCUUUUUUAGAUGUUGAUUAUGAUGGAAAUGAGUCAGGCACCGAAGCAGAGCAGUCUGCUUUUAUGAAGGAGCUUGAAAAUUUCUUUAGGGAGAGGAGCAUGGAAUUUAAACCUCCUAAGUUCUAUGGAGAGGGGCUUAAUUGUCUUAAGUUGUGGAGAGCAGUGACCAGACUGGGUGGCUAUGACAAGGUAACCUCAUGUAAGUUAUGGCGGCAAGUUGGAGAGUCCUUCAAGCCUCCGAAGACAUGUACAACUGUAUCAUGGACGUUCCGAGGAUUUUAUGAAAAGGCUCUUCUUGAUUAUGAAAGGCAUAAAACAAAAGGUGGUGAGCUUACUGUUCCUAUUGCUUCUCAUUCAGAGCCUAUAAAUAUUGAAAAUCAGGCUUCAGCAUCAGGCAGAGCACGGAGAGAUGCUGCAGCACGGGCUAUGCAAGGUUGGCACUCACAACGUCUUCUUGGUAAUGGUGAAGUUAGUGACCCAAUCAUUAAGGACAGGACGUCCAUGCCCAUGCAGAAGCGUGAAAAACAGCUUAAAAGCAUCAAUUUACUAAAACGUAAGAAACCAUCAUACAUGGAUAAUGCAGUCAAAGCAGCACGCAGUAAACCAUCAAAGCCACAAUUGGACACAGCAGUUGUUGAUAUUGGACCUCCUGCUGAUUGGGUAAAGAUAAAUGUCCAAAAAACUAAAGAUUGUUUUGAGGUCUAUGCAUUAGUUCCUGGCCUUCUGCGAGAAGAGGUUCGUGUUCAAUCAGAUCCAGCAGGACGAUUGGUCAUUAGUGGUGAACCUGAGCAUCCCGAUAAUCCCUGGGGGGUGACUCCUUUCAAGAAGGUUGUAACCUUGCCUUCAAGAAUUGAUCCUCAUCAGACAUCAGCUGUGGUUACAUUGCACGGACAGCUGUUUGUUCGUGUCCCAUUUGAACAAUCAGAGUAGUGGUGGCUGAUGUAUACCUGAUUUAUUUAGUACUUCAUGCCAUUAGAGAAAUGAAUCCCGCCCUCUACGAGCAAAAUUUUCGAGCUGUGGAGUAUAUAUGUUAUGUUAAUUUACUUAUAAAAUUUCAGUGCAUGCUAUCUCAAGUACUGCAAUGUGAUCCUAUUUCAAAUAUUAUACAGUUAGGAUUUUACUGAAGAAUUUCUCAAUGUAGGAACUAGGGUUGUUGGUUUACAGGCAGCUGUUGAUUUUCUUUUCGUUGUACUAAUUAUCCAGUUUUUCUUUUUCCC